GUUCAUCAUUGUCAUCUUUUGAGGUAAUUUCAACCCAAGGUUAUUAGAUAAUCGGCAUGUCGUUGGCAAUUGAGAGAGAAUUACUGAUCAUUUCAAGUGUACUACAUUAGAUAUCCAACAAAGAGUUUAGCUGCGUUGACCAAAAUCCUACAACUUCAAAAAGCCCAUCGUCAUCUGGGAUACUUACACGGCCUCAACCCCACCAUCUCCUUCUGCCAUCUCUUUCUGCCAUACCACGACUCGGAGGGGCAGACACAUCUUUCCACCUCUAUUGUUUCCAAAUCCUAUAGCCAUGGAGAACCAAGACCCAGGACCGUGGGAGGUCUCCGAGGACUCCUGCUACGUCGCCCUCACCUACCAUCUCCUCGACGCUUCAGCCAUCAUGAACCGAGUCCGCUCACCACAAGCCGGCGCCAUCGUCCUCUUCUCUGGCACAACACGCGACACGUUCGGCGACAAACCCGUCAAAGAGCUGCAGUACAGCGCCUACACGCCGCUCGCUCUCCGCACCAUGAUGUCCAUCGCCAAGGCCAUCGUCGAGAAGCACAGCUUGAAAGGCUUCGCCAUGAUCCACCGCUUGGGAACAGUCCCCAUCGGCGAAGAGAGCAUCUUGAUUGCGGUGUCAUCACCCCAUAGACAGGCUGCGUGGAGGGCUGGUGAGGAGGCGUUGGAGGAGUGCAAGGCCAAGGUCGAGGUAUGGAAGCGGGAGGAGUUCCAUGGCGAAGAGGGCGUGUGGAGGGCGAAUCGAGAUGGUAUUGCUGGGCAGAAAGAGACUGUUGGGGAUCGAAGCCAUCCAGAAAGCUCUAGUCCGACUCAAACAUGA